CAAAACCUCGUUAAUCGUUAGACAAAUCAAACAGUAUUACCAGAUCUCAUACUUUUGUGUUUUGUCAUUCUUGACAUCUAGGGGAAGCAACUAAGAAUUAACCCACAGGUGGAGAUCAAUGGCAGGUGCUACCUCCGCUCUGUUUCUUCUUGAUAUGAAAGGCCGAUGCCUUAUAAGUCGUGACUAUAGAGGUGACGUUACUGCUCAACAAGUCGAGAAAUUCUUCACUAAGCUCCUCGAGAAAGAGGGUGACUUGGAAUCUCAUGGACCAGUAUGUCACGAAAAUGGCGUGAACUACAUGUUUAUACAGCACAAGAACAUUUACCUACUGGCAGCAUCGAGGCAGAAUUCCAAUGCUGCUAGCCUCCUUUUCUUUCUACAUCGUGUAGUCGAUGUUUUUAAGCAUUACUUUGAAGAACUGGAAGAGGAGUCUCUACGAGAUAACUUCGUUGUUGUGUAUGAAUUGCUUGACGAAAUGAUGGACUUUGGUUACCCUCAAUAUACCGAAGCUAAGAUUCUUAGUGAGUUUAUAAAGACGGAUGCGUACAGAAUGGAAGUCAUUCAGCACCCCCCGAUGGCUGUGACAAAUGCAGUUUCAUGGCGUAGUGAGGGUGUAUAUUACAAGAAUAAUGAAGUUUACUUGGAUGUGGUUGAACAUGUUAAUCUCCUUGUCAACAGCAACGGCCAAUUAAUACGUUCUGAAGUUAAUGGGGCGUUAAAGAUGAGAGCUUAUUUGAGUGGCAUGCCCGAGUGCAAGCUUGGGCUUAAUGACAGAGUACUAUUGGAGGCUCAAGGUCGACCUACCAAAGGCAAAUCCAUUGAUCUGGACGAUAUCAAAUUUCACCAGUGUGUGCGUCUGGCUCGGUUUGAAAAUGAUCGCACAAUAUCUUUUAUACCUCCUGAUGGAUCAUUUGAUCUGAUGACGUAUAGACUUAGUACUCAGGUGAAGCCGCUGAUUUGGGUGGAAGCUCAAGUUGAAAGACAUUCAAGAAGCCGGGUUGAAAUGUCAGUCAAGGCCAGAAGCCAAUUUAAGGAGCGUAGCACUGCUACGAACGUUGAAAUCGAGUUGCCUGUGCCAUCUGAUGCAAUGAAUCCCAGCAUACGAACUUCGAUGGGAUAUGCUACAUAUGCUCCUGAGAGAGAUGCAGUGGUAUGGAAAAUCAAGUCAUUCCCGGGUAAUAAGGAUUAUAUGCUGAGGGCAGAAUUUAGACUUCCAAGUGUAAUAUCUGAAGAUACACCUCCUGACAGAAAAGCUCCAAUCCGUGUUAAGUUUGAAAUACCAUAUUUUACAGUCUCAGGAAUUCAGGUUCGUUAUCUCAAAAUUAUUGAAAAAAGUGGAUAUCAAGCUCUUCCAUGGGUGAGGUACAUAACAAUGGCUGGUGAAUAUGAAUUAAGGCUUAUAUGAGCAGGACUAUCUUUGUGCUGCUGCACCGUGCACUGCUGAAAUCAAAGCUAUUUUGGAAAGUCGGGUAAACUAAAUGUUUGGCCUUUGCUGACAGCUGAUCUCAAUUGUCUCCAUCGCUUUGCCAUUUCAUUGUAGCCAUAAUGGAAGAAGGGUGUAGCCUUAUCAAAUUUCUGUGUGUGCUCGUAGGUAUCAGCAAUAACAUCA